AUGCCCGAACAAGCCGGUAAUGCGCCAACGUCUACUGAUGACAGUGUUGGACCCACUGUUCGCUUCAAUUCUACCGUUCAAGAGAUCAAUCCCCAGCACUGCCUGUCCCAGUCGCCCCCCUCGACCUCGCAGGAUGACCGUGUGGGCGAGGUUACACCCGAGGACCUCAAGGCGCUGUCCAAGUCUCUGCAGGGCAACCGACUACAAGAGAAGCGGAUGAACAUAUUCUCGUUUGAGGCCUACUCCUUGCCUGCUUCUAGGGUGCCAUCCCACGACGAUUCCUCGCGAGAUCCGAGCCGGCAGCAGACGCAGAGUUCCACGAGCAUCCCGUCGCCUCGCCUCGCGCCGCGAGGACCCGAAGUCAACUCCCCACCUCUGACCCCAUCUGGCACGGACGGCACAUCGGAUGCAAAGGUCUUGGAACAACAAGUACAGGAGGAGAAGCGCUUGGCGAACGAUGUCAUGACGCCGCAGGACUCCAACAAGCGAGACACGUCACCAAGGACCUCCAGUCGAACCCUGCCGCAUCGCCCAGCAUCUGACGGGCCUCACCAGAGGCGUCCUACCCCAGAACAUCUAGGAGCGCCGGAACAGAAUCACAGGAAAAGCAUGUUCUCUCUCGGGCCCGGAUCGUUACCUGCGUCUCGCGAUUCGAGUCCCAACCGGGCCUCGGCUCACUACACUCGCCCGUUCACACCCUCAGGGGACGCCAAUGACCCGUACUCGGCCAGCAAGCGACAGCCUCAGGGGCCUAUCGAGCCACGGUUCGUCUUCUCGCGCAGCAAAAAGGGAUCUAAGGUCUCCCCGAGCUCUUCAACCUUGAGCCUGCCGAGGGCGUCCACGGACAAGCGAAGCUCUACGCUGCUCAGUGCCCUGGGCAAGAACAGCGAUCUCCACAAGGAGGACAGCCAUGGCACCACCCACAGCCGCCAAGCCUCCAUGUCGGAUCUCAAGAGAUUCUUCAAGAUGGGCCAUCAUAAACCGAAGCGGGGCACCUCACCAGCUGCGAGCAUCAGAUCUGGCUAUAAGACGCCACCUGUCUCGAGAUCGAGCACCCAGAUACCCUUCGGAGACGACCACGGUCUGACAUCCAAGUAUGGAAAACUGGGCAGGGUGCUAGGCUCUGGAGCCGGCGGGUCGGUCAGGCUUAUGAAGCGGAGCGAGGACAACACGGUUUUCGCCGUGAAGGAGUUCCGACCUCGCCAUUCGUACGAGACGGAAAAGGAAUAUGUCAAGAAGCUGACUGCUGAGUACUGCAUUGGAUCAUCACUACACCACGGCAACAUUAUCGAGACGCUGGAUAUCGUCCAGGAGAAGGGCAAGUGGUUCGAGGUGAUGGAGUACGCACCGUUUGACCUUUUCGCCAUUGUUAUGACGGGGAAGAUGUCGCGAGAAGAGGUCUCGUGCUGCUUUCUGCAGAUUUUGAGCGGCGUGACCUACCUUCACAGCAUGGGCCUGGCCCAUCGGGACCUCAAGCUCGACAAUGUGGUGGUGAACGAGUAUGGCAUCAUGAAGAUCAUCGAUUUCGGCAGUGCACAUGUGUUUAAGUACCCAUUCGAGAACAAUAUGGUUCUUGCAUCUGGAAUUGUGGGCUCUGACCCAUAUCUCGCGCCCGAGGUGUACGAGGAACGCAAGUAUGACCCAACGGCAGUCGACAUCUGGUCACUGGCGAUUAUUUACUGCUGCAUGACCCUGCGCCGGUUUCCUUGGAAGGUCCCACGAAUGACGGACAAUUCAUAUAAGCUCUUCGCGUCAGAGCCGACGCCUGGACACGAUCCCAAGAAGCUGGUCCUCCCGCCGAACAAAUCGACAAGUGCUCUGCACGACACGCCUCCACGAGACUUUUUCAUUGGUGAGGAUGACAGGGCGAAGCACCGACCCCAUUCCCAGCAUGAGAAGCCACGUGAGAGCUCCACCACUACCUCAGAAAACCCCGCAGCCGGCUCGACCGGCUCGACCGGGGCCUCCAGCGCAGGCGAGAAACCUAAGGAAGUUAUCAGAGGACCUUGGAGAAUUCUCAGGCUGCUACCGAGGGAGAGCCGCCACAUUAUUGGACGGAUGCUCGAGAUCGAUCCGAAGAAGCGGGCCAAGAUGGCGGAGAUUCUAGAUGACAACUGGGUGAGCAACACAGUUAUCUGCCGGCAGGUAGAGCUCGGCAAGGUGAUCAAGGCCGAGGACCAUGUGCACACGUUGGAACCACCAUCGGCUGCGCCAUCUUCAACAAAGUAGAUGGAGCGGCCAGAAAGAUUACUGUUCAAGUGUCCUUUUUUACUUUUCGAAACUGGGCCGUGUUGUACAGUGGGUCGACGAAUUCAAGAACAGAGAGGAAGAGGCAGAGGCUCACGCCUUCAAGAAUUAUUGUUGCAAUUAUUUUACACUGGUCACGGCAAGGAGAUGUACAGGUGGGGGUGGUGCAGGACUAUGAUUCAAACAGAUUGGCGUUCAAGGACCCCCUGAUUGGGGUUGGUUUUGAUAUCUUGGUUUGGUCAUAGAUGGCCCAGCAGCGCAUUUACAUUGAACAUACAUACCUCGUGUGGGCGGAUAGAGUGUUAGACCUUUGGAUCGUCCGUUCAGCGAUUUUCAGACUUACACGCCUUUGGGGGUCUGCGUAUACCCUCCGAUUGUCUACGAGAAUACAUGAUCGUAAUCAAUCGACACAAGUGAAGCUUU